GCUUCCCUCACUUGUUUUGAGCACCGUUUUCAUCUCCAAAUUUUUGAACUGCUCAGCCGCAACAUGCAGAAGCAAUUUUUUGAGCUGGAUCCUCAAGGAGACGUGCUGCUAACCCUCCGACGCCCGAACGUGCUUAAAUUCUUCUGGCGCUCACCCACGUCGGACAAGCUAGCUGACCGCCCAGAAGCAGGUAAUGAUGCUCCUGGAAGCGUCGGCCCUGAGCAUAAGCCAGGGCCCGGUGAGCCUAUGCCUGGCAUGGAUGAACCCAGUGCGGGCGAGGAAUCUGAACAAGUGCAAUUUCUGCUCUCUUCACGGCACUUGAGACUCGCGUCGCCUGUCUUUGAUGCCAUGCUAUUCGGAGGCUGGAAAGAGAGCACUGAUCUCGCUGAGCGGCCUAGAAAAAUUGCCAGACUAGAAAAUCCAGAUACAUCUAAUUCAGGACUGCAGUUGUGUCAUGAGAUAUCAGCAACAGAGUGGAACACAGAGGCGCUUCUCCUCCUGAUGAACAUUAUUCAUGGCCAUCAUAGGAAGCUGCCGCGUGACGUUCACUUAGACAUAAUGACACAUUUUUCUGUCCUUGUAGACUACUACAAGUGUCACGAAAUAACUGAAGUGUUUGCCCAUCUUUGGAUAGACAGGCUCAAGCCUUCCCUGACAAGGUCAUACCAGUAUAUGCCUAUGAUCUUCGUGUCAUGGGUCUUUUCAAACGCCGCUGUAUUCGAACAGAUGACAGAGCUGGCCAUAAAGGAGAGCGAAGGUCCGCUGCAGACAAUGAGCUUGCCGCUGCCGCCAAUAGUAAUAAAUGCCCUUGAGAAAAAGAGAAUGAAUUUGUUGCAUAAUAUUCUACACAUACUGAACGAAACGCGUGAAGGCCUGGUCAAAGGCACCAAAGGCUGCAGAUUUGAUUGCUCCUCUAUGCUUCUUGGCGCGCUCAUCAUAGGAAUGGAGAAGCACAAAAUUGUCCCCCAUCAACUUCUAGAAUCGUGCUCUGACCGAAGCAUAAAGGAGAUCAAGUUGAUUCUGCUUAGUCUUGAUACGCCAAUCUGGCAUGCCCUACAAGACGGAGGCUAUCGUCCAAAACAGCAUUCUUGCACCGUAAAAAGCAUGCUUGAGCCAGCCCUUGAUAGGGAUUGGAGAAAAUCGAAGGGCCUGAAACUAGAUGAUUUCCGCGUUCAGCAGAGAGAUGAAGAAUUGCCCAAGGUGUAAACAAGAUUUGGGAGGAGGCUUGGAUAUAAAUGUUACCCGCCUACCGACUGUACUCUGUACCCUAGGUACCUAUACAAAUACAAGAGAAGCGUGACGCGCAUCCGCUCUAUGAAGCAAUGAUAGCUAUGGUUUUAUUUUUUAGUGAUAGCUCUAGGUAAAUAUAUAUAUAUUUCCG